AUGAUGCAUCGGAAAGUGAGGAAGAAAAACGAGGUCGUUGACAACCUUUGCGUCAUGUGUCGGGCGGAUAUUGGCGGCGUUGAUCGCGUCAGAAUUUCUAUUUUGUUCAGUUCUGGGAGGAAGGUUUCGGAAUGUUUGGAGAAGUGGAGGAGUUACGUUGAUCCCGUGAAAGCAAAAGGAUUGAAGUCUGCCGCAGUGUCAAUGCGAAAGCAGGCGGAAACCGCAAUGUGUUCUGCUUGCUUCAAUCUGGUUGACGAGAUUGAUAACUCUGAGCAACAUCUGAUGAGAAAAGCUGCUAAAUCGUCCCCGCGUGCCAAUGACCGUGACCCGAUCAAGGAAACACUUCCGAGUUCCUUAUCCGAUUUAUCUGAUCGUGUGAAAGCCAGUGGUACCUUUCCGGUCGAGCAUGAUACUACCGUUUGGAAGCCGAAAAUUGAACCAAGUAACUUUGAUGACAGGUGUGAGAAAAAUGGGCUUCAAGAAAAAGACAAAACUCCGAAAACUGAAGUAUCUGAUCCAGAUUUUAUGGAUUCUUCACCGACCCUCUUGCAAUGCCCGAAAGAAGAUUCGCCCGAAAAUGCGAAAACUUCCCCGAAUGUUCCUGCAGUCUCAAAACGUUCCAAGAAAAUCGGCACAGACCCAACAGAUUGGAAGUGUGAUCGAUGUGACAUCCCCGCAUUCACAUCUCUUCGAGAAUAUCGCAAGCACCGGCGCAGCCAUUUGUCAACGCUUUGUCCGAUUUGCGGGAUUCUACUGAAGGAUUCUUGUGCCAGUACUGUGAAGAAGCACAUUGGGAUCGUGCACUUCCGAGAAAAGCGGCUCGAGUGCGAAAUUUGUCAGCAGAAAUUUGCAUAUGCAGAAAGCCUUUAUGCCCAUCAAGCUCGUGAGCACAAGUACAAAGCUGAAAGAGUCCAUCAACCAUGUCAAAUAUGUGGCAAAGUCCUGACGUCUCGGUGUGGCUUGAGACAACACUUGCUUCAAGUGCACAACUACGUCAGGGACCAUUACACGGUGUACCCUUGCAGCUUGUGUGACAAGAAGUUCAUUCUAAAAAGCAAGCUAAGAGACCACAUGAACGUUCACGAAGGGAUCAAACCAUUCAGCUGUCCCUUCUGUCCCCUCACUUCAGGACAGUUCGGCUACUUGAAGCAACAUGCAUUUAAGGUUCAUGGUAAGGUCGUGAAGCGCCUCCUGGACGACAAUGGAAAGGUUACUAAUCAAGUUGAUGAAGUUAUUCCAGGGGAAAAUUCUUGAAUCAUUCGGGAAAACGGUGCUGUGUUACCGAUUUUUGUGAUAUUUUUGUACGUCAAAAUGUCGCUUUGUGAACUAAUGUUUCAUCGUCAACUCAUGUGUUCCUUUUACAACCCUUGGAAGUACAGUAUUUAUAAUACAGUACAGUAUUCAAUAUUAUUCAUCACAAAAAAGAAAGAGGAUUUAAGGUUUCAUGUUCAGCCUGACAAAUUCUCGUGUCAUCGCGGGUUGUAUGAUGUGUUUCAUCGAUUUAAUUCCGAGUUUUAGUGGAAAUCUAUGAGUAGACCAGUAUGAAGUUAAUUGAUUUUAGACAUAGAUAUCUCGUAAACGGUUCGAGUUGUCUACCUUGGAUAAACCGCGACAUUGAAAAUGAUACGGAUUCUUUCUUGAUGAAUUCUAAUCCAGCUGCUUAAGUUGAACUUCGAUGAAUUUUGUCCUGGGUCAUGUUUUUACUAGCUGAAUAUAUCUAUUUGAUCUUGAUUGUGCCAAACAUUGUGAACAGUUAAUUGGGUGAUUUGUGUAAUGAUGCGUUAUCAUACGAGAACUCCCGCUGGUAAAGAAACCACUUCUGAAUUUUCGCUCAGCCCUCUUUCGGUCCACCUUUCAUUUCACAAAAAUUCCAGACUGAGCUUUUGAAGUAUAAUUUUCCGUUUCACUUACAUUCGAAUGACUGAACUUAUAAGCAUCGGCUUCCGUUGGAGACUCGAAUUAUUCAAUUUCGUGCUGUGUCGGAUUUUAUUAUUUCCAUGUAAAGCGAAACCGUUUCAUUCUUAUUUCGAUGGUUUUUUAACAUUUGUAUUUUUUUGAUGUCGUUAGGAUGAAUUCGGACGUUGGUGACGAAGGGAAGUGCGGCUUGUGUGCAGAAGUGAGUUCCAUCGCUGGCACCGCGGCAGCAUGCAUUCUUCCGUUAACCGGAGAUACUGUGGCGCAGAAGCUGGAAAAAUGGCGGGUUUCUCGCGCGCCACCCGAACUGAGAGACUCCAAGAUCCAAGCAGACAUGCUUGUGUGUCACACGUGCCUAGAGUGUCUAGUCCAUGUCGAAGAAGUCGAAAUGGCCAUGAUUGAAGGCUUUGAGUCAUUGUGGAACCGUUUUAUUGCCCUUAAACCUGAUAACAAUCCCAGCGACGAUCUGCUCGACGACAUAUUACAGACGGCCACUUACGCUGCCGGGAUAGAAGAGGACUUUAUUUUUCCACCGGAAGUGGAUAAAGUGGAGUUGGUUGAAGAAUUGAGCAAAUCUGCGUCUUUCGAAAUCCCGAAAAGUGUUCCCAAGAAGAUUAGUUCGUCUGCGCUUGUACAAAACAUCGGAAAAAUUUGCAUCCGUCGAGUUUCCGCCGAACCGAGUUUGGAGGAGAAAAAGCCGGAUUUUUGCGAUGAUGAAGAUUCAUGGCCUGAUCCUUCGACUGCAGAGCGAUCGAUUAAAAUCAGGACACCGAGUAAGUCAUCCUGGCUUGUGAGGAAAGCGCGUCAUGCUGGGCCUAAAGAAGUGACACAAAUGGUGUGUCCGAUUUGUGGGAAGCUGAUGAAAUAUUCUUCGGAACAGUCCAUGCGGAAGCACAUUGAGGUUGUUCACAAAAAGUUGCGGACGAUGAAGUGUCAAUUCUGUGACGAAACGUUCACGUACCACGAGCAGCUGUAUGUUCAUGAGGCUCGUAUUCAUAAUCAUCAGUGUAAGAAGUCUCGUUUGUUUCUUCGACUGCAUGGUGUUUUAUCGUUACUCACAAUUAAUCACGGUGCCGAGUCUCUCUUUUUGUGUUCGGAUUUCGAUGUGGAUGACGAAAAACAGAUGGAGAUUUUCCCGAACUUUUCAUUAUUUUGUCCAUUGUUUUCGAAAAUGUGCAAUUUUGCUACUGGGGAAGCUGAUUUAGUGAGCGAACAAGAAUUUUCUCGCGGAAAGAACGAUUGGGAACGGAAACGAAGGGUUGAAGGAUCAAGAAGAAUUAUCUCCCGAACGAGUGGAGCCACCAUGACAUUGUAGCCGAAUUUCUGAGUUUCAAGCUUAUAUUAUGUCAAUAAAAGUUAUGUGAACGCUAUCAUCUUUAUUACCGAGUCCAGUUAAUAAGAACUAUAUGCAGAAAGUUUCCUACACAAGUUUACUGAUUCAACUUUCGAUGCUGCCUUUUUCAUAAAUUUCCUAAAUUCAGAUUUUACUUUUUAUUCUACAUCGUGGCAAAAGUCUUCCAGCAAUCCCAAUUACUUCUAAAAUUCUCUGCCGCCUGAAUCUAUGUGGGAAUGUGAUGAAGAAUCACGAGGUCCGAAGCAACCCUUCUUCGAAGCAAUGAAUUUGAAUUCAAAAGCUGUUAAACUGCUUCUUUUCUUGUCUCCCUAUCGCAAACUGAUGUGCUGUGUGUGUAAUUCCCGUGCAAUUUUGUAUACUGUACUGUAUAUUUGCAUGCCUUUCCAGUGGACAGGAUCAUCAAGACAUGUCCAUACUGCGGAAAGACAACGUUGACCCGCUGGGGAAUGAAGCAACACCUUUUCUCCAAACAUGGACAACUCCCGGAUAAAGGAAAAGUGCACGAAUGCGCAGAUUGCGGGAAGAAAUUCUUGGCGUUGCAGCAUUUCAAGGAUCACAUGAACAUGCAUUUGGGUCUUCGUCCGUGGGCGUGUCCUUUGUGUGAUGUUCGAAUGGUUAAAUUCGAAAACAUUCGCCAACAUGCCCAUCGGGUCCACAACGUGCGUGUGAGAAUUAAGCAGGAAGGUGGCGCGGAAGUUGUUAUUGAGUCGAAUGUCCAGCCCAAACUUGAGGGUUGAUCCACGGGUUCAUGGAUUGAAAUAUUCUCUGUGAUGAUGUGGUUUUGUUACGUAUUAUAUUUUUGUUUACUCAUUUGCGACGGAUCAAAGCGAACAUGUGACGCGAAAUAGUGAUGGCUGAACUUCAUUUUGUUCUGCACUGAUGAGAAAAAAAAUCACGUGCUUUUUCAUGAAAUCUUCCCUCGAAAAAACUUCGAAUUGUUCGAGUCUUCUUGAAAUAGGUGCCUUCCGGUCGAUCAUCCUCGUGAAAUGCACAAUGACCAGCGUUGUGAUGUUUUUUGUUUCGUUCGAGUGCAACAGUGCAUUACAUUAUUUGAUGAUGCAUAAAUCAGUAAAGUGCCACAAAAAUGUUCUACACCGCAUGGAAAAUAUAUCAAGAAGAAGCACGCAUCUUCAAGAAUCUCGCGGAUCCGAGACAUGUUGAAUGAAGCACUUCAAUAAUCUCAGUAAAUUUCAACUGGUUCAAGUUUAAGUUAUGAGCAGAUGAGUGUCAAUAGAUGUACGGUCAGAAUUUAAUGAAACGGAGCGACCUUGAAUUCAUUCAUACAUUUUUAUAUCCGCCAAUGCCCUUAAUUCCGUUUCCGUGUUCGGCUUUUGUGGUUCAGCUAACGAUGCAGGAUGACUUGUAUUCUGUUGAUGGAUCUCGUGACCCAGGCGUGAUUCUGUAUAACUAUUGAAUGGGCUCCAAAAUGGACCAGUUUUUGUUUGUCAGACGCAGUUUUGAAAUUCCACUCGCUUCACCUUCGGGUUACUUUUCAAUGAGCAGGAGAUUUACUAAUACCUGUCCUCGGACUUUAAUUAGGGUGUUGUAUUUUAGUAUCUUCGCUGAUAUGAUGAGUUGCGUUUUCUUAAUGAAAACAUUUCGAUUAUGAUAUUCCUCGAUCAUUACAGCAUUUCGCGAAUACUCUGUACCGAUGAAUUUUGAAAUUCUACGUUCUCUUUGGUGAACCACUGCAGUUCUCAAGUCUGAAACAGGUUGUUCUUCCGUGUAAAUUUUUUCAAGUGAUCUCCGAAUUACCUCGGCAAAUGGAUUGAAGACGUUGAGAUUGUGGAA